AUGGUACGACAGCUGUCUUGGAAGUAUCAAGAUGUCCUUGAACAGGGCGAAAGCAUCGCAAACUAUCUCGGAGCGCCGAUGGUAAGCAGAAUAAUGGAGGAAAGAAUAGGGAGGCUAUUCAGCCAGCACCAACCGUCAGUGGGUGAGCGUGGAAAUGGAGGGCACGACAUGAUGCUCACGUGGACCGAGAUUAUCCUUGAGUUCAAAAAUGGCCAGCUCGAAAAUGAUGAUAAUGGCAUGUCAUCCAUUCAAGUCCGAGGAGUCACGGUUCAGCUAUCGGAGGCCGACCUAACUAUGCUCCGUUCCGGCAUUCCCCAAGUACUCAUGGAUCCCCUGGAUGCGAAGGAUAGAUGGACCGAGCAAACUGCAGUCGAAUCUAGCAUCACCAAUAUAUCAGAGUGGAAUCAAUGCGCUAUGCAAGCUAAUGAAAAGUUUACAGUCAUCGAACAAAAUGAUAAGUUGCUGCAGGCCCUAAGGAACAGACUAGCUAUGCUUCUCAACUAUGCUUCAACAGAUACCCAGUCACACAGCGGCACCCUCAACACUCCUUCGACAGGGAAUAUUUUGGGAUCAGGCCCAGCGGGCGUCAACCCGCUCCCCAGUGUGCCUCUCCCAACGGAGUCUGAAGAUGGUGCGAGCACAGCUCAACGUCCUCGAGUCCACACACCUGUGCACGAUCCAGCAGGGCCUGUGACAAGGAGAUCGCCCCAACCAGGGAGCCGGAAGUGGUCUGCUGAAGAAGAGAACCGCCUGUUGGACUGGCUGGAGGCUCACUGUACCUUGACAUGCAGUAAAAUGGAACAUGAGUACGAAAGGGAGUUUGGCAUAUAUCGGCCGUAUCCAGCAAUGCAAGCAAAAGCGGCGCGUCUGCAACCGGUCAAAUCAUAUAAUCCUCCAAGGAAAAGAACCCGCCAGAGCCACUACACCAGUCCAAAUGUGGUCAUUAAAACUCCAAGGUAUACAGCACCACUUCAGGAUACCCAUUCAACGGCUUACUGCUCUGGGCUACAAGUGGAGGAAAGACAGACCUAUUUGCCUCCGACACUGGCGGAAUUGCCAACAGUCGGGGAGGACCAUCCUGUGCCUCGCCGUGACUGUCUUCCAGUCAAGAAAUUAUUAGGCUAG